AAUUUGAAAUCUCGUUUCAACAAUUCUUCUAUUAUUGGGUCGUUGGCUAAAGAGACAAGUUCAUUUAAAUCACGUAAGUACAGUAUAAUGCAAAAAUUGGGUUACAAGUCUCCUACAACUUCAGCGCUCAUCCGCACGACUCUGCGGCGAAUCAAGUUGGUGGUGGUAAGCUUCAUUACCUAAUCCUCCGCCGAUUACAGGCGCACUUCACCACCGAUGCUUCCGGUGAACAGAACCAACGCUCUUCUAACCAUCCUUACCCAAAUCAAAGCACUGCGCCAUACUCAACAGCUCCACGCGAAGGUUAUAGUCCAUGGACUCGAAGAAGAAGUCGUUCUAGGAUCCAGUCUCACAAACUCCUACAUCCAAUCGAAUCGUCUCGAUCUCGCCACCGCUUCCUUCGAUCGAAUCCCUCCCCGGAAGAGGAACCGUUACUCGUGGAACACGAUCCUCUCCGGUUACUCCAAAUCCAAGAAUCACUGCGAAAGCUUGCGUCUUUACAAUCGCAUGAGGAGGGAUUGCGAUGGCGUCGUCGCCAGUUUCAAUUUAGUGUUCGCGAUCAAAGCUUGUGUGGGGUUAGGGGUUUUAGAGAAUGGGGUUCUGAUUCACGGAUUGGCGAUGAAGAAUGGGUUGGAUAAGGACGCUUAUGUGGCUCCGUCUUUGGUCGAGAUGUAUGGAGAGUUUGGUCGUAUGGAAGAUGCGCAGAAGGUGUUCGACGAAAUUACUCUGAGAAGCUCGGUUCUUUGGGCGGUUUUGAUGAAAGGGUAUUUGAGAUACUCGUGAGACUCUGAAGUGUUUCGUUUGUUUUAUCUCUUGAGAGAGGCGGUUUGGGGGUCGAUAAUGCGCUUACGUUGAUAUGUUUGGUGAAGGCUUGUGGGAAUGUCUUUGCUGGUAAAGAAGGUAAGUCAGUGCACAGUUUAUCCAUCAGAAGGGGGUUUAUAGAUCAGAGUGGCUAUUUACAAGCCUCUGUUGUAGAUAUGUAUGUGAAAUGCAGGUUGUUGGAUAAUGCUAGAGAGAUG